CAGCUAAAAUAAAACUAGUUACAAAGGGCUCCACCCCUGCAACAGCUUUAGGCACAGUUUGGAGCUCAUGUGUGUGCUCACACACAGACUACAGAAGCCAGAAACAAUUCCAAGGCAGGCAUGCCUGUGUGCAAGCUUGCGGUGCUGGUUUCCCAAAGCAAAAGUGAAAACUCUUGAGAAGAAACUGAGAGACUGAAUGGGUUAAAUGAAAUACAACUCUGCUUUUCCUGUGCAGUAAGGAUUAGUAACCAAACAGAAGCAGGGGAGAAGAGCACUGAAGUGCCACUGUUUCAACAAGAGCGAUUGGAAGGUGGGUUCUGGAGCUGGAGUGCAGUGUCUCCAACCUUUGUGCUCACCUGUCACAGGCACAUGCAGCAGGCAGAGAUGAAGAACCUAUUCUUUCUGCUCAUGCUAACAACGAUGUCACCUUCUGCAUUUUCAGUUUUUUAUUUCCAGGGCCGCCGGAUGAAAAGGCAGGUUGGUGUCUGGGGGAGCUGGGGUGAAUGGAGCAAAUGCAGUCGGAGCUGUGGCGGUGGAGUCAGCUUUCGGCAGCGGCGCUGCUAUUCCCAAAGGACAGAAGGUCCUUCCAGCUGUGUUGGACCAACACGAAGCUAUAGGUCAUGUAAUGUUCAGAACUGCCCGGAAGGCUCCCGGGAUUUCCGGGCAGAGCAGUGUGCAGAGUUUGAUGGGACAGAAUUCCAAGGCAAGAAAUAUAAGUGGCUUCCAUAUUAUGGAGCACCUAAUAAGUGUGAGUUAAACUGUAUUCCCAAGGGAGAAAACUUCUACUACAGGCACAAGGAAGCAGUGGUAGAUGGGACUACCUGUGAACCUGGCAAGCGAGAUAUCUGUGUAGAGGGAGUUUGUCAGGCUGUUGGCUGUGAUAAUAUGCUGGACUCUGCCAAGAAGGAGGACAAGUGCCUGCAGUGUGGAGGAGACGGCAGUACCUGCUAUGGUGUGAAGGGCACUUUUGAUGUGGCCAGUCUCCCCAAAGGUUACAAUCAAAUCUUUAUUAUCCCUGUGGGAGCCACAAGCAUCCAAAUUAAGGAGGUUAAGCCCACCAGGAACUUCCUAGCUGUCAAGAACGUGCGAGGAGAGUAUUACCUGAACGGGCACUGGACGAUCGACUUCAGCCGGGCGCUGCAGGUGGCCAGCACAGUGCUGCACUAUGACCGUGGCUCGGAGGGUGAUGUGGCCCCAGAGCUCCUCCAGGCCCGGGGUCCCACCACAGAACCCCUCGUCAUUGAGCUCAUCAGCCAGGAGCCAAACACCGGGGUACAGUAUGAGUAUUACCUGCCCCUGCAAGGACAGGCCUUGGGUUACAGCUGGAGCUACAGUUCCUGGAGCGAGUGCAGCUCUGAAUGUGGAGGAGGUUUCCAGUCCCGCUUGGUGUUUUGUACCAUAGACAAUGAAAUUUAUCCAGACUACAUGUGCAGGAGUAAGCCACAACCAGACAACAACCGGACGUGUGGCCAUCAGCCUUGUCCCCACACAAAACGGACUUCUUACAUCUACCUGCCGCAAGCCUGGAGUCACAGCGGCGCACGGAGCUCUCAGAUGAAGAGGUGGAAAACGGGAGAGUGGGGGUCCUGCUCAGCCACGUGCGGCGGGGGCACCCAGAGCCGCUCGGUGUACUGCGUGGCGUUUGACGGCCAGAGCGCGCAGGGCGUGGUGGACGACGCCGAGUGCAUGGCCUUCGGCCAGCAGCCGCGCCGCAGCCAGCCCUGCAACGUCCGGCAGUGUGCCACCUGGAGCACGGGGCCCUGGUCUGAGUGCUCGGCCAGCUGUGGGGAAGGAGUGCAGACCCGGACUGUCACCUGCAGGACACAGCAGGGCUCCCAGGCUCAGGACUUCGCUUGUCUAAUGGAGCCAAAGCCAUCGGCCACCCAGCCCUGCCUUAAGGAGAACUGCAUCCAGGAAAUCGGCUGGCACGUUGGAGACUGGGGUCUGUGCUCCAAGAGCUGCGAUUCAGGCAUCCGGACACGACAGGUCAUCUGUGCUGACGGCGACUCCAAAGUCUACAGUCCUGAGACAUGCAAAGCCACCCAGCCACAGAAACCAGCCACCCUGGGUAGCUGCAACACACAGCCCUGCUACCUGCCACAGCAGGUUCCCAGCAUGCAGGACACUAUGGGAUACAAUGUCACUCGCCAGUCCUUGCUGACCCGUUACAACCCAAACAGCCCUGCCCCAGAUUCUGAUGAUGGAAGAAUGCUCCCUGGGAACACCAUGAUCCAUAGUGCCUCAGGGAAUCAGCACAUUCCAUCCACCAAAGAUCACGGCAUCAACUUGUUUGCUGUCCAUUGGGAGCCACAGUCCCGCUCCCCAGGAUCCCAUCGGCUCAGCUUCUCUCAGGACCCCCCUGCAGGGACAGGCUCCCAGGACUGUCACCAGAGCCCACAUGGCUGCUGUCCAGAUGGGCACACUCUGGCGUUGGGCCCUCGGGGGAGAGGUUGCCCUUUCAGCACCUGCCACCAAAACAGGUAUGGCUGCUGCCCCGAUGGAGUAUCGGCUGCCCAGGGUCCAAACAACAUUGGAUGCCCACAAUAUUACCAUGACAUUCGAAUGAGACAAAAUCAUCCCACUGCAACCACUCCAGCAGCAAGCCAAGCCUUGUCCCAGCAGCACCCCUCGGGCGAGUGCCGUGGCUCCAUGUACGGCUGCUGUUUUGACAACGUCGCCUCAGCCAAAGGUCCUCAAGGGGAAGGAUGUCUCAAUAGGCCCAACUACCCGUACCCUGUCAUGUGCCUGCUGCCCAGUGCCCACGGCCCCUGCACCAACUGGACCACUCGCUGGUACUUUGUGGGAGUUGUUGGCAAGUGCAACCGGUUUUGGUAUGGCGGCUGUCACGGGAACAAAAACAGCUUUGCCUCAGAGGAGGAGUGCAUGAGAGUGUGCCACAGCUCUGUGGGGGUCAGUCAUCUGGAACUCCAGCCCUCUCCUGGCACAGAAGCGCUGCAACACCAGCAGACUGGCUCCAGUUCUCACGCAGGACAUGCUCAGGGUCAGCAUAAAUCACCCACAAGAGAGACCACAAGUCACAGCCAAGAAGGAAGAACCUAUGGGGCUUCACUCCCCAAGCAAGACAGCCACAGCUGGAGGAGGGACAUGCUGCCAGAGGCCUUGCCAAGGACUGGUGUGCUGGAGAGCCAGAGAAGAAGACUGGACAGAGUGGGCCAGCUGCCCUCCUGGGAAACAGCCAUGCCUGGGCCCUCGGACAGGCAGAGCAGCAGUGGCCAGCAGGUGCUGCCCCGGGAAGGCAAGCAGUGGCGUGAAGCUUUCGGAGCAGAUGUUUCCGUGACAGAGGGAUUUGGGCACCAGGAGUCUGCAGACUUGUUCCCAGCACAGGCUCUGCACAGAACAAUCCUGGAGGAAGGCAAGCCCCCUCUUGUGACAGCAGUUGUGGGACAAAACAUCCAGCUGGUCUGCAAGACAGGCGUGUCCCCUCUCUCCAGAGUGGAGUGGAUGAAGAACAGCCGACCGGUCUCCUCUGACAGGCACACCUACCAGUCUGACAGCUCCCUGGUGAUCAGCCACGUCAAGCCCGAGGACGCUGGCACCUACACGUGCCUCACUUCUGACGGGAGGACAGAGAGCCGACAGAUUCAGCUGCAGAUCACAGACUACCAGGGCUCUGUUCUGGCCGAGGGUGAGCGAGGCCGGGCCCUCCAGGAGGCAGAGCAGCAGCGCCGAGGAUUAUCCAGAGGCAGGCAGCUCGUGCAGGCAGCCGGCUCCUCUGUGCGCCAGCAGCUCGCGUACAGGUUGAAAAUGGAUAAGAGUGAUCCCACAGUAGUGGAGGCCAACGUUGGGGAGAGAGUCAGACUGCCCUGCACAGUGGAAGCAUCACCAACUCUCACCAUUGAGUGGCAGAAAGAUGGGCAGCCCCUCUCCUCUCCCAGGCACAGGCAGCAGUCGGACGGGGCCCUGGUGAUCAGCCGGGUCAGCUCUGAGGACAUUGGCUUCUUCACCUGCAUCGCCUCCAACGGACGUGACCGCGACCAGCGCCAGGUCCUGCUCCGGCCUCUAGGAGAGCUGAGGAUCACUGGUCUUCUACCAAGCAUCACGGUACCUGAGGGAGGGACUGCUCAGCUUCAUUGUACAGUGACUGGCAACAAUGUGAAUAUAAGGUGGUCAAGGAACGGUGUUCCCAUGCGGGGGGAUGGCCACCACAUCCACCUAUCCCAGGAUGGAAGCCUGACUAUCAGGAAUGUCCAAGAGGCUGACGAGGGAUCCUACACAUGCAGUGCCUACAGCAGCAGCAGCUCGGUCAGUGCCAGCUCGGAGGUGAAGGUGCUGAGGAGCCGGCCUAGCACUAUUGUGAGUCACAUUGUGGACCCGAGCAGAGAGUGCGUGGACCAGCCCCACCUUGCCAACUGUGACCUGAUCCUGCAGGCCCAGCUCUGUGGGAACGAGUACUAUUCCAGCUUCUGCUGCGCCAGCUGCGCUCGCCACCGCCCCCAGGGCAGCCCCCCGCACCCCCGCGGGUGACAGCCACCGCCACGGUGACCAGUGACAGGACUGGAGUCUCAGCUCUGUGCUUUUACUGCAUGGGACACUUCCAGGAACUCUGCCCUGCUGGAAAGCCCGAGAGGGUGAAUUGAACAGCGUGUAGUGAGUGUAAAUGCUCAAAGGUGGGAGACCCACCACCCUCAGGUUUAUUGUAAACUCUUUUUCCCCUGUAUGCCUUGCUGUACCUAACCCAUCUCUUAAGAGUAGUUGCUGUCAUUCACAGAAACCAGAUGAUAGUAGGGAUGUAAGGAUGAUGUGACUAGAGGAGGCAGAUGACCAGCAUGAAAAAGGAAGAGACCAAUUCUUCGUACAAGCCAGAGAGAAGUGCUCUUAAAAAUAAUAUAAUCUCUGAAGUGUUUGAAGAUGGGCCUGAACCAUUUCAACUGAAGCACUAAUGAGCCAUGAACAUUUGUUCCUCCAAUGAACAUUGCUGAACAAGUGCUCCCAGGGAGCACUUUCCAUCUAAAUGCAAAGGACUCUGGCCACCAGAAAUAGCUUGAUGCAUAUAAAAUUAGUGUUCAGGUCCUAGGAGAUUACUGGCUCUCGGGAUGCAGCUGUAAUGUCAUGAUACUGUAGCUGUUUUAUUCCAGCAGUCCUUAGACAAAUUUCUGGUAGGGUCAGUUUGGUUUCUACUUGGCUGCAAUCAGCUUUGGAGUGAAAUGCAGAAAAGCAAGGCUUUGCAGAAAGCUUAAUAGAAAAUAGAAAACUGCUUUUAGCCCUUCCUGAAGGCUAGGGGUAAUUUAGAUGACUAUACCAACACUGUUACCUGUCCUGAGCUGCUGCAGUUUAAAUAGCACUCAUUCUAGGAAGGCUCAGCAGGUAAUCUUUUUCCCCUGAGCUGGAACUGUGCUGUUCUGACGUUGUGUUGAGUUUGGGCAGGGGCUAAUAAUAAACACAUAGAAAUACGUGUGUAGGAGCAUUUCACUUGCCAGAACAAACCUCCCAAGGAUCUGCUCUAGUCUCAGUUAAAUCCAGGAAAGCCUGGCUCUGCAUGUGGCCUGGGCUGAUACCUGUUGCUACAGUUAGGACUUCCAGAUGCAGAGCAGCUGUAGCUGAAAAGCAUCCUUCAUUUCAAGAUCAAAAUGCAGUGUCAACAAGUGUGCAUAUGAGGCUCUGAAAAUCUCAGGCAUUAGGGGUGGGGAGGUGAGAUUAUAUUAUGAUUAUAUCAUGUUAAACCAGGAAAGGCCUUGGGUGUCUUCAGUAUCUCAAAAUGGAAUUACUUUUGAGAAAAGGAUUCUUUUACAGCCUCCACACUACUGUUCCACCCUAGCAUCAGCCCUGACAGUCUUCUUCUUCCUCAUUCUAGACUUGGAUGGGUUGAUCAUAAUUAUUAGCAACAUUACCCAUGUAUUAUUUGCAUAGAUGUAGGUAUAAACGGGUGUGUAGAUGUUGGUAUUUUGGUUGCGGGGAUGGAGGAUUGGGUUUUUUUACUUUUGUCUUCUGCUUGUGUUACUUUAAGACUUUUAAGAAAUGCAGUUAAAUCAGCACAGGUGUGGUUCAGGACUGAACACGCUGCUCUAGGAUGUGAACAAACGGUGAAGUCUACAAACAAUGCAGUACAGGAGAGACAGGUGACAGUCACAGCUAUUUGGGGCUGGGUCCUUCUUUGGUCUGACAGAUUCUGUUUGCUAGGAGAGACAAAAAUACUUAUUUUGCAUUUAAGACCCUUUAAUUUGAUUAGGGAAAAAUUCCUCUGCUGGAAUGCAGGGCAGACAUUACAGUAAAAGGUUUGAAAUCAUUGGAUAUUUAAGAACAAUGAGAUGGUCCUGAAAGUAUCCACUUGUGUUUGUACGUUUUUCCAUUUAACAUCUCAGACCACCACCUUUUUCUCUGUGUGUCUGUAUGGGAUAUUUUACCAUUUUAAUAUAUGAUACAAUUUUUGCCUUUGGAGACCAGGGGCUAAUCAGAGACUCUGUAAAUUCCAGUCAUUUUGAAGCCCUCUCUGUUCCAUGUGUGGCAUCAAGGGGUAGUCAGGCUCUGCUCAGGAGCAUGGUUGGAAGUGGAUUGUGGAUGUGUCAGGCCUUUUUGUCCCACAGUAAGUAGCCAGUUCCAUAAAAUCCCUAAGAUGUCAGAGGCUUUAUUGUUAGAAUAUUUAAAUAUUCUGUGUAGUCAGCUGUCAUUAUGUAAGAUGGGGCCAGGAAGUGCUUUCUCCAGACUCCUGAGGGCUGUAACAGCCCCGUGCCUGCUGAUGGGCAGGACUUUAACACUGGAAGUGCUUUGGCUAGUGGAGUGGAGAGUUUACACUGACUUCCUUUCAGCUGCACAACCAUGGCAGUAAGGGCGGGAGUGACAGGCAGGCAGCUCCCUGCUGUAAAUCCAUGUCAUCAGGUUAACUAAAGGGUCUUUGCAUUUCUUCUGACAAGAUCAGCUUCUCCCUCUCUGUAGUACCACUUAAUCACCCACUCAAGGUUUACUUUUUUAUGUGAGAAUCAAGAUGUUAGUUUUCUUCCCUAAACAAUGGGUUGUAGGAAGUGCUUAUCUCCAGGGCAGGAGAAGGGUGUAGCUAUACUGGGCUAUUUUCAGCUUCAUCUUGGGGCCCUUACUGUGAAAGAUAUAUACCUAACUGCUUUCUUUCCUACUAUAAAUGUUUAUAAAUACUUGUUUGCUUUUUGAAUGCUGAAAAAAGCAUUGACACCACCUCAAAUCCCACAGGGAGUGUUUGCAUCACUAUUCAUACCAUACUGAACACAGGUAAGAAUCUGUAAUGUUACAAGUUGUAGUUUUCUAGACUAUCACUGUAAGACUCACUGUACUUGUUUGAAAAUGGAAACUGCUGGCAAGCUCAAAUCUGAGGGCUAACAAAGGGAGUGUUUCUUCCCCUUCAGGUUAUGGAGUCUGACUUUUUUCCCUUGUGUCUAAACUGACGUGGUGCCCAUAAGAAUGUGGUAAGAACCAGUCACACUAACAGGGCAGAUAUCAACUCACUGGAAGAACAGAAAAGAGGUGACCAUACACCAUCAUCUCAUAUGGCUCUUUCUAACAGCAGGGGAAAGAAAGAGUCUUCCUUUUUGCCAUUACUGAAUGUUAAUGAAUUGUCUCUUUGUAAAUAUUCCAUGACAGAAAAUACAGCCCUGCAAACCCAGAAUCUGAUGUUUUCAUUAAAGGCCUCUAUUUUAGAGCUUAAAGUGUUUAUGUAUCACAAGGAUAGUUUGAAAUUCAGUGUUAAAGUUCAAUGCAACCUAACAGGUUGUAGAAAAUGAGAUGUGUUAAGAUAUUAUUCUUAAGCUGCUAGGUCAGCAAGUAGUGCUCAUCCACAUCCACCUUACAAGACAGAAGAUACCCAGAAGGGCAAAUGCUGAAACUGAGUUAGGGUGAGAAAGAAGUCUCUCACAGACAGUGCUUCUACCACCAACAUUUAUUUCUGUUAAAGCAGAUUAUAAAUCAUCAGUACAAAUAUAUAUAACUUACAUUUGCUUGUAAGGCCAAAGUUUAAAAGUAAAGUUAAAAUGAGAUGGUUUUCACAAGUCACCAGAGGCAGAACCUGGACCAGCUGCAGCCUUAACCACAAGGUUUCACAAAUCAGUGGGAAAAAAUAAAACCAAAGUUAAAAACCUCUA